AUGGAAGAUCAGGUGUUUCGGGCAAAAUACCAAAAGUGCAAGUAUCGGGUAAAGCAAUGGGAAAAAGAGUUCAAGAAAAAAUAUGGCCGAAUUCCGUCGAAGCUGGAUAUUCGUGACUCACCAAGUGAGAUUAAAAAUUCGUACAAAAUGUACUACCAGCUGAAAACGACACUUUUAAAGAACACCCUACUGGAAGCGCUGGAUGAUGAUGACGAUUUCGACGGAUCCUUAAUGUCCCAAGAGUCCAGCUUUUCGCAAGAACCAAGCGACGUUACGGUCACGUUACUCUCCGGUACAAUCUUGAACGAUAGCGCAAUGUCGGAAGGAAACUCCUCGAUGACCAGUUUGCUUACUAAACCGAUCGCUAGUACCAGAUCCGACUCAAACUUUGAAGCCGAAAAGAUCGAGCAGCACAAUUUGAUCGCUUGGCAGGGUGAGAAAAGUCGUAAAAGUGUUCAAAUGGCCUCUAAGGCACAAAAAGAAGACGUUGUGCAAACAGCAAAACCGGUAGCGCUUAAAGGAAUCCAACUGAUGCCACAAUCCAGUUUGUUGAUUCCGAAGCGCAAUCCUCGUAAAUCUGUAUCACGAAAUUCGCUCGGUCUUUCAUCACAGAGCAGUUUAACCGGAUUCAAUGGAAAUGAAAGCAAGAUUGUACUUCCCGACCUAGAAACCCUGCUUAUGGCCAAGUCGAAGGAGCUGGAAUGUAAUGUUGCGAAAGUGGAAGAAAAGCUUUCUGCACCACCAUUGGUGCCUACGGCCAGCGAACCGAUUAAUCAGCUCGACGAACGAUGGCUAAACCGGCAAUCAGGAGCUUCAGCUGAAAGUGGCGCUCCUGUUAUUAGCACUAAUAGCGAUCGUACAGCGAAUACCACUAACUUUGGAUUGCGAAAUAUAAAUCUAGCCUCGUUGUCAUCGGCGACAAGCUUCGGUAUGUCGUCGUUAAGUGUUACGGAGAAAAGCGGCGUGGAAGCGUCACCAAAAUCGUUACCAGUUGAAGCAGGCGUUCAAAACACUGCGUACGAUGCAGUGAUGCAGUCGGAUUCGGACGGGGUAAUAGAAAACUCCGAAGACGAAUCGACAAAAACGUCCCCCGGGAUGCUGCACAUCGCUAAAAAGCGUAAAAUUUUUACUGCCAUCAACCGAAGCACGGAAGAAGCACGUGUGGAAAAGGAAACACAACCUUCGGGUGAUCCGGAACAUUUAGUCGUGAAGCAAAAAAAGGACCUAGAAAAUCUAGACCCGAAGGCGGUUGAGAUAGAGCAAAAUGAGACAACAAAACAGGUGACAAAGAAACGGGGAGUAAAUAAAAAGGUUUCCAAACCCAAAUCGAAACAAAUCGCUAAAAGGCGUCAAGAAAAAGCCAAAUCUGUUGUUGUCCCGAGGGCCCGACCGAAACGUUCGAACGCUAGAAAAGUAGCCACCUAUACAGAUGCAACGUUGGAAGGCAUGGAAGCCGAGCCUGAGCAGGGAUUUUCGUCUGAUGAUGCGGACAAAGAUCCCGAUUAUAAGGAACAGAAGGACGAGAAGGAUCAUGAAGAACUUGAGUCUGAUCAGGAAGAUGAACCGAAGAAACGUUCACCACCAAAACAGGUGAAACUUCCGAAGAAACAAACAAAUCGGGUACGGCGGACGGUUAAAAACUCAAAGGUCAUUUCACCGAAACUUAGUCCCGGUUCAUCUAAACCUGUCGCCAGAGGUAGAAAACCGAAACUAGUCACACAGCGUAAGAUCGAUGUAGAUGAGGAUGACGCCCCUGUGGACGAACCCCAAGAGUACGUACCCGAGUUUGGGCUUGAUCGACUGAAAAGCAUUCCACGAGUCGAUAUUAAUGAACUGGUGCGGGAUGCAAAAAUUGCAAACAGUUUCAUUGUGGGUGCCACGGGUGGUUCUGCAAUCGCAGGAACUUCUGGUCGAACGGAUGCUUCUUCGACGAGCGGCAAUGAUAAGGCACUGCGUAAAAAGCUGGCAGCUGGCAAGCAGAAUGAGAAUUUCGUUCGCAUCGACUUGCGAAAGAAAAAGUUUGUCAAGGGCAAGAAAACGAUCAACUUCAGCCGUUACAAAAAAUCGCAAUGGAAGGCAAAAAAGAUCGCUGCCCUGAGCGGUCCCGACAUGGAUAUGCGCGGUUGUGAUGGCGGUGUACUGAUGUGCUUUCAGUGUGGUGGCUCUGGUCAUAUGGCGUUUCAAUGCAAGAAACCAAUUGAGGACAAGUUGCUCCCUUACGAUGAGGAUACGAUUGAAGAUUCCGCAUUUCCUACGCUCGAAGAAGCGGAAGCAAUGGUCAAAUCACAAACGGUUGUGGUGCAUUCAAAUCGUAUCGAUAGCCUACCACCGGCUGCAAAUCCUACUUGGAAGGAAGACGAGGAAGAACGAAUGACGAAAUCCUUACACAAGGAGGACGGAAAGGAAGACCCAAUAGAUCCGGAAGGCUUGGAAGAUGAGUUUGAAGAAGAAAAGAGCAUAAAGCAACUAGAGAAUGAACCUUCUAAAUUGGCAUAUAUUGGCCAUAAAAUACCGGAAGAUUUUCUUAAACAAUCCAAACUUCUGGAAGCGACCGUUUCGGGUGGGUUCAAGGGUGUGAUAGAGCCGCUUUACGUCCAGCAAACGGACGGUGAGCUCCCAUCGACGCCUUCGGAAGUUUUCGAUGCUUUGCACAUGUUUGGUCACAAAAAUUUCCGCCAUGGUCAGGAACGGGCCGUAAUGCGUGUGCUGUGUGGGAUGUCCACACUUGUGACGCUCAGCACAGGAGCGGGAAAAUCGCUUUGCUAUCAACUUCCAGCGUAUCUUUAUCGUCGAAAGCGCAACUGCAUUACGCUGGUGAUAUCUCCACUCGUGUCCCUGAUGGAGGAUCAGGUUCACGGAAUGCCCGACUUUCUCAAUGCUCACUGCCUACACACAAAUCAGACACCUAAGGUCCGUGAUCAAACGAUGCAAGCGAUAAACGCCGGGGAAGUAGACAUUCUUCUGAUCUCUCCGGAAGCGGUCGUAUCGGGUGAAAAAUCGACUGGGUUCGGAUCGUUGCUGCGGCAGCUUCCACCAAUAGCCUUUGCCUGUAUCGAUGAAGCUCACUGUGUGUCCCAGUGGAGUCACAAUUUUCGUCCAAGCUAUUUGAUGAUUUGCAAGGUUUUAAAAGAAAAGCUAGGCGUUAAGACGAUUUUAGGGCUUACCGCAACGGCCACCGUCCAAACGAGACAAAGUAUCGUUUCUCAUCUUGCGAUACCGGACGGACUGCGGGGAAUAAUUAGCGAUAUACCGCUUCCCGACAAUCUGCUGCUGACUGUUUCACGUGAUGUUAACCGCGAUGUGGCGCUGGUAGAACUGCUUCAAUCGGACCGAUUUAGUUCUCUUCAAUCAAUUAUCGUGUAUUGUACGCGACGAGACGACUGCGAACGGGUGGCAUCAUUUGUACGCACCUGCUUCCAGGAUGCAGCACGCGCAGCGGCCGAAGCAAACGCGCACAAGCGCAAGCGUUUAAACUACGUUGCGGAACCGUACCAUGCCGGUAUGGCAGCAUCUCGCCGUCGCACGAUACAGAACGCGUUCAUGAGCGGGGAGCUGCGUAUUGUUGUGGCCACGAUCGCGUUCGGUAUGGGUAUUAACAAAGCGGACAUUCGUGCCAUCAUUCACUACAACAUGCCGAAAAACUUUGAAAGCUACGUGCAAGAGGUGGGUCGUGCUGGACGCGACGGAUUGCUAUCCCACUGCCAUCUGUUUCUCGACAAUAAGGGCAACGAUCGGAACGAGCUGCGCCGAUUCAUUUACGCGAACUCUAUCGAUCGUCACGUGAUCAGGAAGCUGCUGCAAAAAAUCUUCGUACCGUGCGCAUGCGCAAAGAUACUCAAGAAUAAAGAUCUAGCUCAGGAUUUGCAUGAGGAAUUGAGGGCAGUCAACGGAAUCGACUGGGACGCAUGCUUCGAAGAGAUUCCGCCAACCGAUGGAAUAAUGCAAACUGUUCCUCGGAAACGUUUGUGCCCGGGGCACGAAAUAUGCUUUCCAAUAGAAUCUACCGUGCAGCAGCUGGAUAUUCCAGAAGAAAAUAUUGCGACAUUUCUUUGCUACUUGGAGCUGGAUGAUCAGCGCUACAUAAAGGCGCUCAGUCCGGCCUACACCAUGUGCAAGGUAAUGUCGUAUGGUGGCGCACGACCGUUACGCCACGCUGCUAAGGAAUGUGCCCCGCUGGCGAUGGCAUUUGCACUCGAUCUGAAACGUGGCAUCUCGCAUGCUACCUCAACUGUUAUUGAGUUUCCAGUCAUUGACGUAGCAUCCGCCAUCGGUUGGGACAGCGGAGUGGUCAAACAUCAGUUGAAGAAUCUGGAAUGGACCACGGUAAAUAAUGUACGCAAACGAUCACCAUUAUCGGUGGUGUUCUUUGAUCUCGGAUUUCGAAUUCGUGCUCCUGGUGAUUUAACGGACGAAGAAUUGGAUCAAGCACUAGAUGGGCUUUACGAACGUGUUACCCGUCAGGAGCGUACUCAGCUAGCCCAACUUCAAUACAUUUCGGAUGCACUAAACUCGGUAUGUUUUAACACUAUCGGUCCGAUAAGUCGAGUGGAUUGUCCCAGCGGACCGUCGGAGAAGUUGAAAACGAUCGUGAGAAGAUAUUUUACGACUGAUAUUAGCAAAGAAAAUAUAGAAAUCAUUCCCGAGCCGGACGAUACAACGGACGAGCAGCUGAUAGCGGAUAUUCGUACUACAAUCUGCCGCUAUCCGGAAAAUAACUUUACGGGACGCGCAAUAGCUAGACUAUUUCACGGCGUGCAGAGCCCUAAUUACUCAGCAUUGGUUUGGUCGAGGUCGAAUUUCUGGCGUUCGUAUACCAAAACUGAUUUCAACCGAAUUGUGCGCUUGGCCAAUGCGGAAAUCGUACGAAUGAGGACUUGA